GUGGCACUUUAAGGAUGUGAACAUUGUUGUGGAAGAUUACUCUACUGAGAUAUGCUCUUAAUUAAUGUACAGAGCCAUAAGUCCCACCUCUCGACACUAAUGAUUGACAUCCAAGGAUACAUAAAUUACACUAAUUGAGAUUUAGGUUCACACAGACGGUGUAAAUCUGGCCCAUCAGAGAAGAUGUACACUAUUUCUGUGUAUAGGAAGAUUUGGGUUACCAUGGCAUUACUGUGGAGUACAAUAUUCUGCUUAAAGCUAAAAAGUGAAGAUGUAGUACAUCAAAACUAUUAAGCACUGCAAGGACAAUUUCUUCAUCAUCAGCAAUAUUGUUUUUAACUUAUCUGGACUACAACUACUCUUCAUUAUCAAGAGAGGCUUUAUAUAGUGGAAUCUUGAAUUUAUUGAAAAAAGAAAACUGUAUCUUAACUGCAUUGUACAACGCGGAGAGCAGAAUCAAAGUGAUGAUUUAAUUUCCAUGACUGUGUAAACCAUCACUGGAAACAACCUGCAUCAAAGACAAAUCGAGUGUGUGAAGCAAUUUUCAAGUAAGUUGGACUGUUGUGUGCACAGAAUGAACUUAAUAUGGAUGUAAAAGAACGUAGGCCUUAUUGUUCCUUGACAAAGAGCCGGCGAGACAAAGAAAGACGUUACACAAAUUCUUCGGUGGACAAUGAUGACUGUAGAGUGCCUACACAAAAAUCCUACAGCUCGAGUGAAACCCUGAAAGCUUUUGAUCAUGAUUCUUCACGGCUGCUCUAUGGAAACCGGGUGAAAGACCUGGUUCACAGAGAAUCAGAUGAAUAUACCAGACAAGGGCAGAACUUCACCUUGAGGCAACUAGGCAUCUGUGAACCAGCAUCACGUCGAGGACUGGCAUUCUGUGCAGACAUGGGACUUCCACAUAGAGGUUACUCUAUCAGUGCAGGUUCAGAUGCUGAGACUGAAAAUGAAGGGGUCAUGUCUCCAGAGCAUGCAAUGAGACUCUGGGGAAGGGGGGUGAAAUCCGGCCGCAGUUCCUGUCUCUCCAGUCGUUCCAACUCUGCCCUGACACUGACCGACACAGAGCACGAGAACAAGUCUGACAGUGAAACCGACAGCGUGGUCACGAUACAAGAAGUCAUUGACAGCUGGGGAGAAGGAGGCCAGGAGAACAUUCAGAAGGGAGGAUAUGAGUGGAAAUCGCACAGCAACAUGUUGCAAGAACACAUCAAGAUAACUACAAAAUGGAAAGAUUUGGCCCAAAGUGACCUGGAUACUCAGACUGAUUACAGAAUGAGAAGAUCAGUGAAAUGUGCAGAAGUGACACAAGAUCUGUUGCAGUGCAAGCCGACAUCCACUCACAGUCGCAACCUAAAAUGUGAAAACGGCUUUCUGGGUUCUCCCAUGCCAUCCUCAUCUUCUAGUCCUUCAGUUACUGAGCAUUUACAUUCUCCUACUUCAUCACCCCAUCUCCAUGACAACCAGAGGUGGCUAUUAAGUGCUAGUGCCAAGCAGUCACUUCAGGACUCUGAUGACGAGUUCAGUGCCAGCAUAUGUUUGGUGCAUCAAACAAUUCGGUCAGAGGGUGUCCCGUGUCAUGAGCAAUCGCCAAACAACCAAGGCCAGCCAACUUUGCAGCCUUUACCACCUACUCACAAGCAGCAUCCUGCAGCACAGCAACCAUCCAUUACAUCCCUCAAUCGCAAUACUUUGACACAUAGGAGGAACCAAAGUCCGGCCCCGCCGGCUGCGCUGCCCGCCGAGCUGCAAACCACACCUGAGUCCGUCCAGCUGCAGGACAGCUGGGUCCUUGGCAGUAAUGUACCACUGGAGAGCAGAAAAAUAGCAAAUCACUCAGUUCUUGAAAAUGGGCAUGACAACCUUAUAGAGAUGGCUGUGUUUCCACCACCUUGCCAUGAUGGCGACUAUGGGGAUGGGCAUUUUCUAUUCAAAACUGGAACAGGGACAACCCCAUUGUUCAGCACUGCUACACCCGGAUACACAAUGGCCUCUGGCACUGUUUAUACUCCUCCCACCAGACCACUUCCUCGGAACACCUUAUCAAGAAGUGCUUUUAAAUUCAAAAAGUCCUCAAAGUACUGUAGUUGGAAAUGUACGGCACUCUGUGCCGUAGGGGUAUCGGUACUACUGGCAAUACUACUGUCCUAUUUCAUAGCCAUGCAUCUGUUUGGCCUCAACUGGCAGCUACAGCAGACAGAAAAUGACACUUUUGAGAAUGGAAAAGUAAAUCUAGAAGUGGUGCCAACACAUACUGCAUAUGUGCCUGCCGGUGACAAUGGAAAAUCUGGUGGUCUCGGGCAGGAAAACAAUACAAUUGACUCUGGAGAACUGGACGUUGGUCAGAAAGUGGUUCAGGAGAUUCCUCCGGGUGUAUUUUGGAGAUCGCAAAUUUCCAUCGAUCAGCCGCAGUUUCUAAAGUUCAAUAUUACCCUUCAGAAAGAUGCGCUCAUUGGAGUAUAUGGAAGGAAAGGCUUACCUCCCUCGCACACUCAAUAUGAUUUCGUGGAACUUCUGGAAGGAAGCAGAUUAAUUUCAAGAGAAAAACGAAACCUGCUUGAGUCUGAGAAGACGGGACGCAUUCCAAGGUCUGUCAGCAUUCACGAAGCUGGCUUCAUCCAGUAUCUGAACUCUGGCAUUUGGCACAUUGCGUUUUAUAAUGAUGGCAAGAACCCUGAGCCGGUGUCUUUUAACACAAUUGUAAUUGAGUCCGUUGUGGAAUGUCCCCGAAAUUGCCAUGGAAACGGAGAGUGUGUUUCAGGAACCUGUCAUUGUUUUCCUGGAUUCCUAGGCCCCGAUUGUUCAAGAGCAGCCUGUCCUGUAUUGUGCAGUGGAAAUGGUCAGUACUCUAAGGGACGCUGCCUCUGUUAUAGUGGCUGGAAAGGAACCGAAUGUGAUGUGCCCAGUACCCAAUGUGUGGAUCCUCUAUGCGGCGGUCAUGGAAUAUGCAUCAUGGGCUCUUGUACUUGCAAUGCAGGUUAUAAGGGGGAGAAUUGUGAGGAAGCUGAUUGCCUGGAUUCAUUUUGUUCCAAUAAUGGGGUUUGUAUUCAUGGUGAAUGCCACUGCAACCAAGGAUGGGGUGGUACCAACUGUGAAAUCCUCAAAUCGAUGUGCCCCGACCAGUGUUCUGGCCAUGGGACUUAUAUUCAAGAAUCUGGAAGCUGCACUUGUGAUCCCAACUGGACCGGACCUGAUUGCUCAACUGAAAUCUGCCCAGUUGACUGUGGGCCUCACGGAGUUUGCAUGGGUGGAUCAUGCAGAUGUGAAGAUGGGUGGACAGGGCCUUCCUGCAACCAAAGAGCUUGCCAUCCUCGCUGCUUGGAACAUGGCACGUGUAAAGACGGGAAGUGUGAAUGUAACCAAGGCUGGAAUGGAGAACACUGCACAAUUGCUCACUAUUUGGAUAAAAUAGUUAAAGCAGACAAGAUAGGAUAUAAAGAAGGUUGCCCUGGACUCUGUAACAGCAAUGGAAGAUGCACUUUAGACCAAAAUGGAUGGCACUGUAUGUGCCAGCCAGGUUGGAGAGGAGCGGGAUGCGAUGUAGCCAUGGAAACAUUGUGCACUGACAGUAAGGACAAUGAAGGAGAUGGCUUAAUCGACUGCAUGGACCCAGACUGCUGCUUACAGAGCGCCUGCCAGAAUCAGCCGUACUGCCGAGGCCUACCUGAUCCACAGGACAUUAUCAGCCAGAGCCAGCAGUCACCGUCCCAGCAGGCUGCCAGGUCUUUCUAUGAUAGGAUCAGCUUCCUCAUAGGACCUGACAGCACCCAUGUCAUACCUGGAGAAAACCCUUUCAAUAAAAGUAGCCUUGCAUCUGUAAUUCGAGGCCAGGUUCUCACAGCUGAUGGAACACCGCUCAUCGGAGUCAAUGUGUCAUUUCUGCAUUACCCGAACUAUGGCUACACGAUCACACGCCAAGAUGGGAUGUUUGAUCUGCUUGCUAAUGGUGGUGCGUCUCUAACACUUAUGUUCGAAAGAGCUCCAUUCCUCACUCAGUACCACACUGUCUGGAUACCAUGGAAUGUUUUUUACGUCAUGGAUACGCUGGUGAUGAAGAAAGAACAGAAUGAAAUACCUAGCUGCGACCUGAGUGGGUUUGUCAGACCGAACCCUGUUAUAGUAUCAUCUCCUUUGUCAACAUUCUUUAGAUCAUCUCAUGAGGACAGCCCUAUAGUUCCCGAAACGCAGGUACUUCACGAAGAAACAACCAUUCCAGGGACAGAUUUGAAACUAUCCUAUCUAAGUUCAAGGGCGGCCGGCUAUAAAUCCGUUCUUAAGAUUACAAUGACCCAUUCUGCAAUACCCUUCAAUCUAAUGAAAGUUCAUCUUAUGGUGGCAGUAGUUGGAAGACUGUUCCAGAAAUGGUUCCCAGCCUCCCCUAAUCUUUCUUACACCUUCAUUUGGGAUAAGACGGAUGCUUAUAACCAGAAAGUCUAUGGAUUAUCUGAAGCUGUCGUUUCUGUGGGGUAUGAAUAUGAAUCGUGUCUUGACCUGACACUAUGGGAAAAAAGAACUGCUGUCUUGCAAGGCUAUGAGCUGGAUGCCUCAAAUAUGGGUGGCUGGACCCUAGAUAAGCACCAUGUAUUAGACGUCCAGAAUGGUAUCCUCUACAGAGGCAAUGGUGAAAACCAGUUUAUUUCUCAGCAGCCACCUGUUAUUAGCUGUAUUAUGGGCAGCGAGAGACGACGUAGCAUCUCAUGUCCAAGUUGCAAUGGCCAGGCUGACGGCAACAAACUCCUCGCCCCUGUGGCUUUAGCCUGUGGAAUAGAUGGAAGUUUGUAUGUGGGAGAUUUCAACUUCAUCCGCCGCAUUUUACCAACGGGGAAUGUAACCAGUGUAUUGGAGCUUAGGAGAAAUAAAGAUUUUAGGCACAGUAGCAACUUAGCUCAUCGCUAUUACCUGGCCACUAAUCCUGUAACGGGAGAUCUGUAUGUGUCUGAUGCAAACACCCGCAAAAUAUACCGCCCCAAGUCACUUAUGGGAGCAAAAGAUUUGAUCAAGAAUGUAGAAGUGAUAGCCGGCACAGGGGAACAGUGCACUCCUUUUGAUGAGGCGAGGUGCGGAGAAGGGGGAAAGGCUGUUGAGGCAACACUUACCACUCCAAAAGGAAUUGCUGUGGAUAAGAAUGGAAUAAUCUACUUUGUGGAUGGAAAGGUCAUCAGAAAAGUAGAUCAAAAUGGAAUCAUAUCAACAUUGCUUGGAUCGAAUGACCUGACCUCGGCGCGGCCUCUGACCUGUGACACAAGCAUGCAUAUCAGCGAGGUAAGAUUGGAAUGGCCCACAGAUUUGGCCAUUAAUCCAAUGGACAAUUCUAUAUAUGUACUGGACAACAAUGUGGUAUUACAGAUCACUGAAAAUCGGCAGGUCCACAUUGCUGCAGGGAGACCAAUGUACUGCCAAGUUCCAGGUGUUGGAAAAUAUGCAGUUCAGGCAAUACUAGAAUCUGCUACAGCUAUAGCAGUAUCCUACAGUGGAGUGCUGUACAUCACAGAGACGGAUGAAAAGAAGGUGAAUCGGAUUCGACAGGUUACAACAGAUGGAGAGAUUUCGUUGGUUGCUGGUAUACCAUCGGAAUGUGACUGCAAAAAUGAUGCCAACUGCAACUGCUACCAAAAUGGAGAUGGUUAUGCAAAAGAUGCCAAAUUAAGUGCCCCAUCAUCACUUGCUGCCUCCCCAGAUGGCACCUUAUAUAUUGCAGAUCUGGGCAAUAUUAGAAUCCGUGCUGUCUCCAAAGACAAGCCUGUGCUUACUUCUAGUAAUUAUUAUGAAGUGGCAUCCCCUACUGACCAAGAACUUUAUAUUUUUGACGUCAAUGGCACCCAUCAAUAUACAAUGAGCUUAAUCACUGGAGACUACUUAUAUAACUUCAGCUACAGCAAUGAGAAUGACAUCACAGCAGUGACUGACAGCAAUGGAAAUACCCUCCGCAUUAGAAGGGAUCCAAACCGCAUGCCAGUGAGAAUUGUUGCGCCUGACAAUCAAGUAAUCUGGUUGACAAUUGGGACCAAUGGUUGUCUGAAGAGCAUGACUGCCCAGAGACAAGAAUUGGUAUUGUUCACCUACCAUGGCAACAGUGGACUCCUUGCAACCAAAAGUGAUGAAACAGGCUGGACGACCUUCUUUGACUACAACAGCGAAGGUCGUCUUACCAACGUAACUUUCCCAACGGGUGUUGUCACAAAUCUCCAUGGAGAAAUGGACAAAGCUAUUACAGUAGAUAUAGAGUCAUCCAGCAGAGAGGAAGAUGUCAGCAUUAUUUCCAAUUUAUCUUCGAUUGAUUCUUUUUAUACCAUGGUUCAAGACCAGCUCAGGAACAGCUACCAGGUUGGCUAUGAUGGUUCCAUAAGAAUUAUAUAUGGUAAUGGAAUGGAUGUCCAAUUCCAAACAGAACCCCAUAUUCUAGCAGGACCUGCCAAUCCAACUGUUACAAAAAGAAAUAUGACACUACCCGGAGAGAAUGGACACAACUUGGUGGAAUGGAGGUUCCGAAAAGAACAAGUACAGGGAAAAGUCAACGUGUUUGGUCGAAAGCUCAGAGUAAAUGGCAGAAACCUGCUUUCAAUGGACUAUGACCGAAGCAUGAAGACAGAGAAGAUCUAUGACGACCAUCGAAAAUUCACCUUGAAAAUUAACUACGAUAGCUCAGGUCAUCCAACCCUCUGGCUUCCAGGCCCCAACUUCAUGUCAGUUAAUGUCACAUAUACAUCCACUGGCCAAAUUGCCAGCAUUCAGCGUGGACCCACCAGUGAGAGAGUGGAAUAUGAUGGACAAGGCAGGAUCAUAUCCAGGUCAUUUGCUGAUGGAAAGACAUGGAGCUAUACUUACCUAGAAAAGACAAUGGUCCUGCUGCUUCGCAGUCAACGGCAGUAUAUUUUUGAAUAUGACUUUCUGGACAGGCUGUCUGCUGUCACAAUGCCCAGCGUCUCUAGACAUACCAUGCAAACCAUUCGCUCUAUUGGCUAUUACCGCAACAUAUAUAACCCACCUGAAAGUAAUGCUUCUGUUAUAAUGGAUUACAAUGAAGAGGGACUACUGCUUCAAACUGCUUUCUUGGGAACAGGCAGGAGGGUACUGUAUAAGUAUAAGAGGCAAACAAAGGUCUCAGAAGUCCUUUACGAUAGCACAAGAGUCAGCUUUACGUAUGAUGAGACCGCGGGAGUCCUAAAAACAGUAAACCUUCAAGGAGAUGGCUUUAUUUGCACCAUUCGAUACCGCCAGGUUGGCCCCCUGAUAGAUCGUCAGAUAUUCCGCUUCACUGAAGAUGGCAUGGUCAAUGCACGCUUUGACUACAGCUAUGACAACAACUUCCGAGUCACCAGCAUGCAGGGUGUGAUCAAUGAAACCCCUUUACCCAUUGAAUUAUAUCAGUUUGAUGAUAUAUCUGGUAAAAUGGACCAGUUUGGAAAAUUUGGCGUUAUCCAUUAUGAAGUGGUCAAAGUUAUUUCGACAGCUGUAAUGACCUACACAAAACACUUUGAUGCCCAUGGGCGUGUAAGGGAGGUACGAUAUGAUGUACUGAGAUCGGAAAUGUACAGACUUACUAUCCAGUAUGACAGCAUGGGAAGAGUAGCAAAACAGGAAAUUAAAAUUGGGCCUUUUGCUAAUACGACUAAAUAUGCUUAUGAGUAUGAUGGAGAUGGCCAGCUUCAAACUGUUCUGCUGAAUGAGAAGAUUAUGAGUAGAUACAAUUAUGAUCUUAAUGGUAACCUCCAUUUGCUGAACCUUAGUAACAGUGUCAGAUUGAUGCAGUUACUUCACGAUUUGAGAGACAGGGUAACAAGACUAGGUGAUGUCCAGUAUCGCUUAGAUGAAGAUGGCUUCCUCCGUCAGAGAGGGACUGAGAUCUUUGAAUACAGCUCUAAAGGUCUUCUCACCAGAGUGUACAGCAAAGGCAGUGGCUGGACUGUUAUCUAUCGCUAUGAUGGUCUUGGUCGUAGAAUAUCCAGCAAGACAAGUCUUGGCAAACACCUACAAUUUUUUUAUGCUGAUCUUAAUUAUCCUUCAAGAAUAACUCAUGUAUAUAACCAUUCUAGUUCCCAAAUUACAUGCUUAUAUUAUGACCUGCAAGGACAUCUUUUUGCCAUGGAAAUAAGUAGUGGUGAAGAAUUUUAUAUUGCCUCCGAUAACAAUGGCACCCCUCUAGCUGUCUUCAGUAGCAAUGGUCUCAUGCUGAAGUAUGUCCAGUACACUGCUUUUGGAGAAAUAUAUCUUGACUCUAACCCAGAUUUUCAGCUGGUAAUAGGAUUUCAUGGAGGUCUGUACGAUCCACUCACAAAACUAGUACACUUUGGACAGAGAGACUAUGAUAUAUUGGCUGGACGUUGGACCACACCUGAUAUAGACAUAUGGAAGAAGAUUGGUAAAGAGCCAGCACCCUUCAAUUUGUACAUGUUUAAGAACAACAAUCCUGUCAGUAAACUUUAUGACAUCAAGGAUUACACAGAUAUUAACAGCUGGCUGGGCACAUUUGGGUUUUAUCUACACAAUUCCAUUCCUGGCUUUCAACACCCCAAAGUUGAUUUAUCGGAACCAUCUUACGAACUUAUGAAGAGUCAGCAAUGGGAUGAUGUACCGCCACUUUCCGGAGUGCAACAGCAAGUGUCAAGGCAGUCGAAGGCUUUCUUAUCUCUGGGGAAAAUCCCAGAGAUUCAGAUAAGCAAACAUAAAACCAGAGAGGAGAAAUCAUGGCUGUGGUUUGCUACUGUGAAGUCACUGAUCGGAAAAGGAGUCAUGCUGGCUGUCAAUCAAGGCAAAGUCAUCACUAAUGUCCUCAAUAUUGCGAAUGAGGACUGCAUCAAGGUCGCAGCAGUUCUAAAUUCUGCCUUUUACCUAGAAAACCUCCAUUUCACCAUAGAAGGACGAGACACACACUAUUUCAUCAAAACCACCACUCCUGAAAGUGACCUCGCAACCUUGAGGUUGACCAGUGGUCGCAAAACUUUAGAAAAUGGCAUCAAUGUAACAGUCUCCCAGUCUACUACAGUAGUAAAUGGAAGAACUCGCAGGUUUGCCGAUGUGGAAAUGCAAUAUGGUGCCCUGGCCUUGCAUGUACGUUAUGGCAUGACACUCGAUGAAGAGAAAGCUCGGAUCCUAGAGCAAGCAAGACAAAGAGCUCUUUCCCAUGCCUGGGCCAGGGAACAACAAAGAGUAAGGGAUGGUGAAGAUGGUGCUAGGUUGUGGACUGAAGGAGAGAAAAGACAACUGCUGAGUGCUGGCAAAGUACAAGGAUAUGAUGGGUACUAUGUACUCUCUGUGGAGCAAUACCCUGAAUUAGCAGACAGCUCUUACAAUAUACAGUUUCUCAGACAAAGCGAGAUUGGGAAAAGGUAACACAACGGCCUUGCUGAGGCUGCCAAAGAGACGUAACACUUGUGCUUCCUCUAGAAAGGGAGACGGAAACUGUUUUGCUGCAUAGUUAUUUGAGCUAAGACUCUAUGAUGGCUCAAAUAUCCUCUCUGUAGCACAAUCUGUACUGGACUCUGAGAAUAAAAGAGCCUUCCUGGGGAAUAAAAAUGCUGUUGGCAAACUCCCCUUUGUUUUUAUGAAUGACCUUAAAGGUGAUCUGCUUUAAGAUAAUAUGUUUACAUAUGCAUAUCACUGCACUUGGACUGGAGAAGAAAGCCUAUAGAUUUUUUUCCAGUAGGCUUUAUCUACAUUCAUCCAGGCACUGUAUUAAAAGAAAAAGAAAAAAAAAAGGAUCGAAACGAAUAUCUGUACAGUGUUUCUGAAUAUUAUUGAGAUGUUGACCUUUGCUUACCAAGAGUAGUUUCUCGAUUUCUCUCUCUUUCUCUCUGCAUAGGAUGUGGUAUAUAUCAUUGUUAAUUUUGAAACGUGGAGCAAAAUUACUGUUUAUAGACAACUCAACUGCUUUUUCCGUGCUGCUUUAUAAAAACGGACAAGGACAAUUAUAGGCACAAGUGACUUAUGCUACCAUGUGACUUUCAAUACAGAUUUUACAAUGCUAACAUGGUUUGCCUCGAACAAAAAAAAAUAUAUUGCAAGUAGAAUUCUCUGCAAGUUUGAGCAAAGGAAUCUUCUUUCUUUUUUUCGUUUUGUUUUUUUUCGUUUUGUUUUUUCUUUUGUAAAUUAUGUGAAACAAGUUGUUUAUGGAUUUUUAUAGGAAUUACAAUUUACUGUACAUCAAAUAUUAGUCUCAGAGGAGUUAAUUUAUGUAAAAGUGUUUCAGAAAGUUUAUAUAUAAAAUAAAAUGACAAAAAAAUGAAUGUAAAAGCUCUUAAGGGUCCUUUUUCUAUGGAUAGUUUUUAUAGUCAUUUACAUUCUUCAGAUGCUAUAGUUAAAGUAAGGCUCAUUGGACCUAUAGAUUUAAAUAGGAGAUGAUCAAAUAUUAAAAGCAAUUUUACAGCGUGAAUACAUAUACAUAUAAAUGGUUUAAGUAGGGGAAAAAAACUUUAUGCUGCAAUGGGUAGGAAAGCAAGGAAUUGGGAAAUUUCUAGCUCCUUCUGCUUGCCAGGUUAUAGCGAUGACUAUCCUAGAAGGGACAUGCUCCACUGCAUUCUCAGUUACUACCCAUAGAAUAGGGAAUUCUACAUGUAGCUGGUGCGAUAGUAAAACGGGCAAGUGCAAGCCAGCAGUUGCCAGCCCUUCUCCAAUGUUACACCGGACUUUAGGUAUUUCUAUGUCAGAUGCCUACCAACUCAUAACUUCUAUAGUCCUAGAGUCCAUGAUGGGCCUGGUGUUCCAGCUUUUAUUAAUACUCCUGCAAUAGAACUUGCCGUUUUGAAGUUGUCUAAUGUAUACUUCUUCCUGGCACAUUUGCUCUGUUGUAAUAUUUUCUGAAGUAGGAUAUGUUUGUUAAUGCUCUUUGCCUCAACAUAGCAUACAGAAAGUUUUGUUUUUUAUUUUUUAAUCAAAAAACAUGUUCAGACAUGUCGUAGAUUGAUAUUAUUGACUCAUAGAUGAGCUGUAGGAAAUCUUCGCAUAUCAGAAAGUUCAUUCUUGCCAACCAUAAAAGCAGUGUUACUUGUGUACAUAGAGGCUUAUGUAUUGCUCCAAAACUUCCAAUAACUAUGCUGACUUAUUUUCCAUCUCGAAUCUUGUAAAUGUUAUUUUUUUUUUUUUAUAUAUAUUUAUUUUAAUGCCUCUGUUGUUAAAACUACUUAUAAACCUUGGAGGUUUAUCCAUCCUUCUAAUAAAAGUGUUUGCUUUAAA